CGAGCGUGAGUGCCUUCAGUGGUCUCUCACGACGGUGUCAGCGUAACGUCAAGCUUCCCGGCUAGCAGUAGUCAAUCGCGAUCGGCUGAGUGGCACGCUCGGCACUGGUUCUGCUAUGUCAUUGUAUCGUUGCGUGCGUACCGCGAGGAUCUCGAAAUCGCGAGUGCACCUGUGAUAACGGCGUCGGGCUCGAGUUCUCGCUAAAAUUCGUUCGUUCGAUCACCCAGCCGUUCGUUCAUUCGUUCGUCGUUCAUGCUGAUCGAUGCAACGCGUCCGUGUUGCAUCAGACUCGCGGUCUUCCGUCUUCGAGAUAUCGCGGAAUUUACGAUGUAGAAGACGCCCGUCGGAUCCGCGACGGAGCGGCGCGUAACGUGCAACGAGCCGCGGACGACCUGCGGGACGUUCAUUAAUUGUGCGUGAAAAAAAUACGACACGUGUGUGUCGGCAACCGAACACCACCACCACCAUCGCCAUCGCCAUCGCCACCGCCACCGCCUGCUCGCGACGAGGAACCGACUGCGGAAGCCAUAAACGUCGUCUCUCUGCCCCCCUUUUGCUCUCUCGGUUUUUCUCCUUCCUUCUCUCUCUCUCUCUCUCUCUCUCCUUCUUGCCAUCUAUCUACCCCCGGUUCAUCUUACCCCUUCCUCGCCCGCGUAACGGCACGUUCUCCCGUUCCGUGUAUUUUUCUCUCUCGUUCUCUCUCUCUCUUGUGCGCUUUUUUUCUCAGUGACCGUAAUUCCGUUCCUUUUAUUGUCACCACGCGCGAGGAGCCGAUAUCUUCGGGGUUUCGCGUGCAGCCGGUGCACAAGUGUAACGCGCGCGGUGUAACGCUCAGCGGUGAUUCAGCGGGACGACGACGACGACGACGAUCGACGACAGGCGACAGGAAGAAAAACCGCCAGCCAGUUGGCAGUGUUGGUUAUGCAGUGCGAUUAGCAAAAACGUAUUCCUGGCGACAGCCGCAAAGGGUUUAGGAAGUGCUUCAGCGAGCUAAAAGUUUCCACGAUACUUUCAAUCAUGCCGAUGGAAUUCCUAGAUCGAUUGCCGGUCCCAAACCUUCGGGUGUACACCACCAUAAGUUUUGCCAUCCUCUCCUGUUCCAUAUAUUAUGCCACACAAAUAAUCAAAGAUCCUGCCUGGAAGACGAAUCACACUUACGUUGACGUAGGCGCCAAUGUCGUAAUUGGAGACGAUGUCAGUUUAGCCGAUUCCAGGAGCCUUGGCACGCACCUUAAGGAGCUGGCGGAAUGCAUGGUGGACGAACCUGUUUGCAUAUGGACUUUAAUCAACAUGGCUUACUGCAUACUGAUCCUUCUUGGAAAAUCUAUCCAGAAGCUCGUAUUCGGUGAGCUACGAGCCUCAGAGAGACAACAUCUGAAAGACAAAUUCUGGAACUUUGUCUUUUAUAAAUUUAUUUUCGUCUUUGGCGUUUUAAAUGUGCAAUAUAUGGACGAGGUUGUGCUAUGGUGGGCAUGGUUCACGGCGCUCGGUUUCCUGAGUCUUCUCAGCCAACUCUGCAAGGAUCGAUUCGAAUAUCUAUCGUUUUCACCUACUACACCAGGAUGGAGUCAUGCGCGACUUCUCGGAUUGUUGGCUGCAAUUCUUGCGCUAUCUUCCUUUAUGCUUCUGUUGUGCACCGCUGCAGCUUUCUUCUUUAUAUCUUUUAACACUUUCGCUUUUAUGGCCGCUGAGUGCAUUCUGCUCGGAGUCCGUACUAUCCACGUUAUGCUACGCUAUGUGAUUCAUCUGUACGAUACACGUGGCGCCGGCACUUCGGCUCAACGCUCUUGGGACAAGCGCGGUCCCUUGACCUACUACACGGACCUGACCUCGGAAUUGAUCGUACUGGCAGUCGACUUUCUUCAUCACGUUCACAUGUUGCUAUGGAGCAAUAUCUUUCUGAGCAUGGCAUCGCUCGUAAUUUGUAUGCAAUUGAGAUAUUUGUUCUACGAGAUACAACGGAGGAUCACCAAGCACAGGAACUAUUUGGCCGUACUAAAUCAUAUGGAGCAGAAUUAUCCAAUGGCAUCGCCGGACGAGUUAGCUGAAAACUCUGAUAACUGUGCAAUAUGCUGGGAGAAGAUGGAAAGCGCUCGUAAGUUACCCUGCGCGCACCUGUUCCACAACUCGUGCCUGCAGUCCUGGUUAGAACAAGACACAUCAUGUCCCACCUGCCGACUGGCUCUAAGUAUGCAGGCGAACCACAGGGAGAGCAACCAGGAGAUGCAGCCGGAGCCCCAGACCCCUACGAGAAGAAACGGCAACUUCUUCCUCUUUCUUGACGGCUCUAGAUACGUGUCUUGGUUGCCCAGCUUUUCCGUUGAGGUCUCGCAUAACCGGUUACGCGGUAACAUUUCUACAUUGGCGCACACCAAUUCCCAGAUGGACGCUAUGGCGAGACAGGUUCAACAACUCUUCCCUCAUUAUCCUCGCAACGUGAUCCUAGAGGAUCUCAGAAUGACGCGAUCGGUCGAGUGGACAAUUGAGAAUAUACUCGAUGGGGUAUUAACCGUACCGCACCACCUAAUUGAAGAACCGCAAGCGGAAUCCGUCCCACAAACGCAAACAUCCAUGAUGAACAUCGUGCCCAGUUCUUCAGUGCAAAAUUCGCCAGAUCCUAGAUUCGAUAUUCCAUUUGCCGACAGUGGAGAAGAACCGUCGAGUCUUGGCGGACGUUUCUCGAAAUCAUCCGCCGAGAGAGAAGUCAUACUUCAGCGGCGGAAAGAGCACAUGCGAUUAACGGCGCGUAGGAGGUACCUGGAGAAGCAUCGGAAGCUGGAGAUCGAGUCGACUAGUUCGCGGAGAACGAGCACCGAGAAUACUAUGUCUUAGAUAGAUAAGCAAAGGGAUGAAAAGCUGCUAACAGUUUUGAAGUUAGAUCGCAGAGCUUCGUAGCUAACGUGUGAAAUUGGUGGGUUGCAUGUAUUUUUCUCUUUCUACCUUACGUCAUUUCUUAAUUUUAUUUUCGAGACAAAAAAAAAGUGUCGACAGGUAAAGAGGAAACUCUUCGCUGACGACUGAUCAUUAAAUACAGCAAGAGCUUAUUGGAAGAUCUCUUUAUGUAUUUAACUAUUAGCGAGCGCUUAAAGACGGGAAACUUGUAAUUCAUGGCCGAGGGAUUAGGCAUGAUAAUUCUUUUGCAAAUUAUUGGAAGGUUGUGAACGCGAAAUAUACUCAUAAAUGACUUCACGUAUAAGCCACGUGUUAGCCUUGGAUGAAUCAUUCAGUAUCAGCCGAGUGAUUACGAAGGCUGUAACAAAAAUCGACUAAACUAUCGGAAGUAGAAAAGGGAUAUCAACAUUUUUACGCAGUCUUACUUAAAUAUCCUGUUGGUGAUAAAACGUACUAAAUGCCUAAAGUGAUAUGUAAUAUACGUGUUUUUUUUUUGGGGGGGGGGAAUAAAUUGAUAUAGUCGGGGCUUUUCGAGGAAGCCUGAUAAAUUACAUUGUCGUCCACUUCUCGUUGAACUAAGGUAUCGGUUUUAGAAUAUUGCAUUUUUUUUUUUUCAUCAAUAUUUUAUACAUUAUUUUUUUCAGGCGAUCGUAAACUCUUUAAUUUUAUUAUUCGUAAAUAGAUCGGAGUAUCUUGAUUGUAUAAUAGUCAUAUCAAAUUUAAUUUAAUGUAUUUAGUGCCAUAAAGAACUCAGAAAGAGUGACACGUGCCAAUUCAAUGAAUGUAGAUUCCAGUUUGCUCAUCAGAGCUUCUUUAUAGCUCUGCUCCCGAAAACGAAACGAAAAGGAAUUGGGCACGUGUAAAAUAUUGAUUUGACUUGCAACACGUGCGGAAUGAUCGAAGAGUGAUUGGUGGGUAAUGAAGGGAAAUGAAAAUGAAGGGGAUUCUUGGUUCUAAGACAUAUAAUAAAUACCCAUUUUAUAUUUUUGUUCAUAAAUAUUUAAUUAAUUUAAGUAUGAGAUAUAUGUACAUGCUUUAUUAUAAAAAAUUUAUUUCAAAACGUUGGAUUGUUUCUUAAAUAAUUAAAUUUAAAUAAUUUCAAAACGUAUAAAAGCAAAAUGUGAAUACAUUUAUGUUCCGGAACUUAUGUUCCAGUUUAUCUUUUCCUUUAGAUUCAUGCCUCGAUGUUUGAAUCUUAGAUCGGUGACUGUAACUUGUAAUAUAAAUGAACUCGUUUCGCACAAACGCGAAAGUUGUAUAACGACGAGUUGUAUAAAUCUUGUAUAAAACUUCGUUUCGUAUGUAACGAGCAGGUCUCCGAAGUUUGUGAGGUUUGAUGGUAAAUCUUCUCAGGGCAUUUAAUAAUACUGAAACUGACAAUUUUUUCAUAGAGUUCAGAUUUGGAUACUAUAGGCGUGACGCGAUGAUGACUUCUCUCACGACUUUACGUUGCGAGUAAAAUGACGUUGAUUGGCAGGAAGGAUUUCCCUUUAGCUUAUCUAUAAGAUCGAAAGCUGAACUCGCUGUGAAAAUUAUACCGGUUUUAAGCCUUUUAUAGCGACGUGCUAGAUACUACCCGUGCGAUAUAUUUUACUGAAUUGUAGUUACGUAUUGCCUAAGACGAACGAUAUCACAUAUAGGCGAAAAAAAAAUCUUGUCGCAUUGCUUGAUAUAACUAUUAAAAGUCUAUCGUCUGUCGCUUGCGUCGUGAGGAGAAUUGAUCUUGACUAGGAAAGCUUAUUGCAAAACUUCACGAGCUUCCGAGCUCUAGUAACGAAUAAGUUCUAUUAUUUAACUUGAAGAAGUUAUUCUUAGUUAUUAACGUUUACCUAUUAAAAAUCCUAGUGAGCUAAAGUAUUUUUGUAUAUUUUAUGAUUUAUUAUUUAUUUUCGUAAUAAUAUAAAACCUACAUAAUUAUAUAAUUUAUGUAUUUCUAUUAUAUAAUAACGCGUAUAGUUUCAGUUUUCUAGCUUGAUUAUGUGAUACAAUUUCACACACAAACGUUAACUAUUUAGACGUAAUCAGACAUACAUACAUACAUACAUACAUACGGACCGAUAUAUACGUUUAAAACAUAUACUCCUAUACAUUUACAGGAUACAAAUUAUUUUAUUAACUGAUGUCACACACAUCUCCAUUGCUAUAGUAAAGUUUUAUAAGUACCCAAGUUUUUCUUAUCGAUCUCUAAGUUGCAUAUAAAUAGGAGAUAAGCGAUAUAAAUUAUAUAAAUUAUUAUUGCAAGGUAAUCGUUAUCCGCAGCGACUUUUGCGUUACGACAUACAAAAUUUAUUACUUUAUUAUAAUAUAAAUUAAAAUAUAACUCUCUCAUGCGGUAUUGCGUUAAAAAUACGUAGAGCGCAUAAAUUAUUUUAUUCCUUAGGUAAAUCUAGCAUUUAUUAAGAUAAAAAAUUAUUCUCAUUGAUCGUUCUUUGUCGCUUCUAUGUAUAAAUGUAAAACAUGUUUGGAAACGUGAGGAUAUUUUCGUAAAUUAAAUAAAACAGCUUCAUUAGAUUUAUGUUUCUAAAGAGACGCGACGUGGCUGAUUUAGCAAUGUAAAGAACAAUAUAAUACUUCUACAUUCAUUACAUUGUUCAACACAAGUAAUGUAAUGCUUAUCUCUGAAUUCUCCUAAAGUUACGCCUUUACGAAUUUUUCCUUAGGACUUUUGUAAAUACAUGAGCGCGAGGUGUCCUAUACAUCUCCUACUUGCGAUGUAAUACCUAUCUCCCAUCUUGGCAUUGUACAAGCAGUAAGAGACAAAUAAAAUGUAUCAUAGGUUGUGUAGCUAUAUCAAUUACUCAUUCUACAUAACUGUAUAGACAUCCUUAUAUAAUUUCUCAAGUAUGUUCAUACCAUGUAAUUUCCACUCAACGAAUCUUCUACAUCGAUUAAUAAGAACUUGUAUCAACUCACGCCAAUAAAUAUUCUCAUUGAAUUUCCAUAAA